UCAGAACGGACGCAAUCAUUGCAGAAGUGGCGUUUUCCGUCGCUGCUUGCAAGCUUCAUUAUUCGCCUGAAGCUGCAUCGCCUAGAAUUAGGAAAGUUGGAGAGGUCUGCCAUGUUACUGCUAUUUUUUCUUGUGUGGACUGGAUUGUGUUCUCGGACGUACUCCGAAAGUUUAGAUAAAAAUGACACUAUAUUAGAGGCAAGGCAAAUUCAAGAUGAUAACCCUUGUAAUUGCUACUUCAAGGACUCGUGCGGUUGCAUUUGCGCCCGUCCCAUCUCUUGGACUGAUUUCCAGAUUCUUCCUCAGAACUUCAGACCGUGCAGGAGUUUCACACUCGCUCUGCGAGGGGGGCAGUUCCACUCUUUCCCCGGUGACUACUUUUACCGCGUGGGCCACGUGCAAGACUUUGUUCUGGACGUUGGAAACGUAUAUUUCCAGUACUUGAAUGACCCGGAUAGCGAGUCUUCGCCAUAUAACGGCAUUAAUUUUGAUGUUAGUGCAUAUAUUCGGAUGCAAGGAGUUAGUGUGAACAGACGUUGGAACUGGGGUGCAAUGUAUUGGCUGGCCCCCACUUACUCGAGCUCUUAUUGUGAAAUUCAAGUUGUUCAGAGCACUCUGCCUUUGUUAGAAAGAGAUUUCGGUCGAAUUUGUCAAGGUGCCGUGACUGUUGUUAACAUCCGGUCUUCUGGAAUGUUACUUUUGGACGACCAAGUUUUUGCCCCCUUCUAUAAGCUUACUGAAGUUGACUUGUCAAGCAACAGAAUCGAAGAAAUGCGCCGAUCCUACUUUUCUUAUCCGGCAAACGAGUUGGAAUACAUAAAUCUAGCAAACAAUGACAUUAGACGGCUGCCUGAUGACAUAUUUUACGAGAUGCCUUCUUUGCAAAGUGUCGACUUGAGAGGGAACCCCAUUCUCAGUCUUUCGACGCAAAACUUCAAACCAACAUUUCGAACUCUGGAGAUAAUUGGGCUUGAAAAUGACUCUACAGAUAAAAUUGAGCAAGAAAUUUUGAAAUAAAACGUUUUUGUUUUUCUUGAUCACUUAUACAAAAACAUUACUUUCCUGAAGGUUGCAAUGUGAAGGAAACGUUUUGGAAGAGCUGUUGUUAAAUUAUUCAGAAUAGAGUGCUAAAUAAGUAAAUAAAUAAAAAUCUUA